AUGGAGCCGACAUACCUUGGGUUCAAAUGGCUGUACCGGCCCCCGGCGACCCAAGCCCCUACGGUUGAUUUCGUUGCCAUCCAUGGUUUUUUUGGGGAUCUAGAAAAGUCGUGGGAAAAGCCAAACGACAAUGGCCAAAACAAUCUACUCAAGAACCUCCUCGCCAAGGACUUUCCCACUGCGCGGAUUGGGUCUUGGGGAUACAGCUCAUUGGGAAAGUUCGACAGCUGCGAAGAUGUCAUUCAGACGCUGGCUGCAGCCUUUCUGAAUGACUGCUGUGCUGAUCUAAUGCACGAUGAACCCAUCCCGAUUGUCUUUCUCUGUAGUGAAUUCGGUGGAAUAAUUGCGAAGAAGGCCUUGAUGCUGGCCUUUUCGGAUCCAAUUUUGAGCAAGAAAUGGGAAGCCCUUCGCUCAAGUGUCCGGGGUUUGGUCUUUUUUGGGACGCCACAGACCAUAGCCGGCGACGUCAGAGAACUUCUAUACCUGCUGUUGGUGGAGAGGGACCUUGCGUCCCGCCCAGAGCUUUGGGGCGAUACCCACCUUCGAGGCUUUUACGGCGAAGCACCACACUGUCUCCAUGCCGGCAGGGUUUUGAAGGCCCUCAGCGACGAGUUCCAGGUUUUCAUGCAGAGCCAUCGGCUGAUCGCCAUCCUUUCCUUCUACGACACCCACCCAAUCAAGCGUUCGUGGGAACUUACUACAUCGACUCUCGGCAAAAAGGCUGUUGAACUCGGUGUACCGGGCGAGGAGACGUGCAUGCUGCCCUCGGAUUUCCUCAACCUGGUUCGACACGAAUCUCCUUCUUCCAGCAGUUACGUCAUCGUCCGGGCAAAGAUGAAAACUUUGGUUCAAGGAGUAAGGGAGGAAUGGAAUGCCAGCAACGGCUUUGGCAAGGCCACGGGCUUGCCUUUCCGCCAGGCAGAAGUACCGGGCGCCAUGCAUGACUCGGAGAGCGGAGCACGCAGACGCCUCCCUGACCCGGCAUCGGGUAACUACUGGAUCACAGUCAACAUGCAUCCCAUCAUCGACUUUGUCGCCGAGCGAAGGACGAAUCAGAGACCGAUACGAGUAGCCGUUCUGGAUUCCGGGGUUGACGGCACCCAUCCCGAGCUUGAACCGCGCAUAAAGAACGGUCAGAUCAGGUGCGCCAGUUUCGUCGAUGGACAUCCCGGGGACGUGGACUCGUGCGGGCACGGGACCCAUUUGGCCCAUCUGCUGCUGCAGGUUGCUCCCAAGGUCGAGGUGUACAGCGCACGCGUCUUUCUCAAGGACGACGUCGAGGAGGCCGAACGGAAUGUAGAGCUCAUUGCACAGGCCAUCGAGACAGCGGCCGGCAAGGACAAGAAAGCCGGGCACUGGGCCGUCGACAUCAUCUGCAUGUCGUGGGGCUUCCCACGCCAGCACAAGGCGAUCAAGGACGCCAUCCGCAAGGCCCACUUCCACGGCUGCAUCCUGUUCGCGGCCGCGUCCAACUCGGGCUUCUGGAACCCGACCUCGUUCCCGGCCUCCAUGCGGGAGGUCAUCUGCGUCAACUCGUGCGACGCCGACGGCCGGCCGUCCAACUUCAACCCGCCCGCGAUCCUGGGCGACAACUUCAUGAUCCUGGGCGAGCACCUCGUGGCCGCCUGGCCCGUGGCACUGAGCGAGAAAGGGUCACCUCCAAAUAAGGCGAUGAAGAGCCUGAGCGGCACGUCGCAGUCCGUCCCGGUCGCGGCGGGGCUCGCGGCGCUCGUGCUCGAGUACUCGAGGCAGGCGGGCGGGAAGGCGACCUCGGUGCCCAACUGGCAGGAGCUCGGCCACGGCAACGAGAUGAGGAAGGUCUUUGAGGUCAUGUCCAAGACGGUGGGGCAGUACGAGCUGCUGGUCCCAGAGUUGCUGUUUGAUCUCAGGGGCAAGAACAGCAAGGAGCAGCACACACAUGUGUGCCGGAUGAUUAGCGAUGCGCUGGAUAGGUUGUAA